UGUCCCAUCUGGAAACAGAUUGUUGCCGGAGUACAUCACCACCUGAGAAGCAAGCUUCAGGUUCGUUUUGAAGAUAAUUGUACAGACAAAUUCGGGGAGUGUGAAUUUGCCUGUGGUAAUAAGAUCUCUUUAUUUUUAUUCAUAGUUAAUUCGCCCAGCCGAGGCGAUUUCAUGCGAGAAUGCAGUCCUCAAACAAGAAGGACGAUUGCACUGCCUGUGGCACGCAUAUGCAUGGUGCCUGCCCGGCAGAUCGGCUGCUGCGACAAAGAGCCAUGAACCACCCCAGACAUAUGGGCAAGAUAAGGAAGAGGCUGGAGGAUAUCAAGAAUCAGUCCCUGAAGUUGACAAAAGUGGAUUUCAGCCACAACGAAAGCGUAAGAUUGGCCACCGACGCCUUCUUGGAUGGUGGGAGAGACUCUUACCUCGAAACUCUAAGCAGAGAGGGUGAGGUGGAUUUCCUCUCCUCGGUGGAAGCUCAGUACAUCAAGGAUAACGCCAGGGAGUCUUACUAUGCACAGGAGACCCCAGGUGCCGACGGGGCAGCCGCGCCAAAGCAGAAUGACGCUGGGUCACUCCCUUCAGGGACCUACUUCCCCACCAUUUCUGACAACAGUGAGCCGGCUCUACUCCACACAUGGAUUACAGCAGAGAAGCCCUAUUUAAAGGAAAAAUCUACCGCCACUGUGUAUUUCCAAACAGAGAAGAACAGCAACAUUAGAGACAUCAUACGCCGGUACAUCCAUAAGACCACUCAGGUGUUAGCUAUCGUGAUGGAUGUGUUCACAGACACUGAGAUUCUUUGUGACCUCCUGGAGGCAGCUAACAAGCGCAUGGUCUUUGUCUACCUGCUGCUCGAUCAUGGCAGUAUAGAUCUUUUCUCGGAGAUGUGCGACAAGUUGCAAAUUGCUGAGGAUCUCUUCAAGAAUAUUUCAGUCCGCAGUGUUACUGGAGAGGUUUACUGUGCCAAGUCAGGGAGGAAAUUUUCAGGACAAAUUCGAGAAAAAUUUCUUAUCUCUGACUGGAGAUACGUGCUAUCUGGAUCUUACAGCUUCACGUGGCUGUGUGGCCAGGUUCACCGCAACCUCCUCUCCAAGUUCACGGGCCAGGUUGUGGAGCUGUUUGACGAGGAGUUCCGGCACCUGUACGCGCUGUCCAAGCCCGUGCGGGGCCCCAAGACCCCUCCGCGGAGCCUCCCCUUCCUGUUCAGCCGGAGCUGGGCCCCCCUGCGCAGCCUCCCCUACAGCGACGAGGGAAGUGCCAACACCCUCUCCGACCCCCUGAGCAGCCUCUCUGCUGGCAGCACCCACCAGAGCAAGCAGACCCCAAGAACUCUCAUGUUCAACAGCAACUUCACCCCCCAGUCACCUCUCCAGCGAGUCAAUUCCUUCAACAGCUACGUCUCAUUCACUCCCCCGCCUGCACAGAAGGCCAUCCAGCCUAACUACUAUCAGCCACACUACAUGGCUGAGAACUCCACAGUGCCCUAUAACAACAUGAACAUUUACAGACCUAUAAGGCUCAGGCAAGAGGAACCGAACAGGACAGGGUUAAAUUCAUCCUGGAGAUGCCUCCACAAAGCUAACCUGUUUGCAUAAUAACCACCUUGUUUGGAAAUGCAAGUAAAUAUAGUGAGGGCCUGUUUAGCAAUCGCUUGUGUACUGAUGAAUAUAGAAAUUCUGUAUAAUACAAAUGAAGAUGAUUUCAAGCCUCUUGUUUUGUUGCUUAUGUAUGCUUCAUUUCCCUGAUUAAAAAGACAAGGCUGCUAAUGUGUGAACCUCAGGUGCAUCAGGAUCCCAGGAAGAACACAUCUGAAUAAUGCUGCUCAGAGUGAAACACUGCUACUGCCUAUCACCUGCCCCUGGCGGCAUAUUUGUGUACCAGAAUGACAGUAACUGUUUUUCUUAUGUCCAGGCAACUGAAAGGGGGUAACGCACAGUUUACUACUAUGCAUUUUAUGCACUUGAAUAAGGAGACUGAAGGCUGCUAUUUCCAUAGCAAACAGGGAUGAUGCUGGCAGCAGCAGGCUACCUUUGUGUUCUCAUCAAACUUUAAUCUUGAUUCAGGGGGACUGCCUUCAGGCUGGCAGGGAAGCACAGGUCCUGCAACAGCACUGUCUCAGAGCUGUCUCUGCUUGAGCUGCACAGCAAGGAUGGCUGUUCCCAAGGACUCUUAGGACGGGGCCUGGUGCCUUUGACAUGGACUGAGACCAACAGUUCUGGUUAUGGAAGACACUUUACAUUCACCUUACCUUCACUUCCUCUGAUCAGCAACAUGGGUGUAUCCCAGCACACCUGGUUACAAACCUCCCAUCCUGCCAGCUCAGGGCAACUUUCCUUAUGAAGAGCAGCUUUGAAGGUUCAGACUGAAAAGUGAAGCUGAAUUAAAGAAGCAAAGUCCUACUAGUAACACAUCAGGACUGAGUUCCAAUUCAUUUAAUUGCACAUGCUUUGAAAUCCUUUCUGUGGUCAUCUGAUUGAACAUGAAGUUAGAGAUACUGCUGAGUUCUUCAUUGCCUCUAAUUUUUAAAGAUAAACUGAGUCUCUGUAGUGCCCAUGGGCUAGAGUUAUAAAGGGAGCUACAGAGAUUCAGCAGCUUGAACUAAACCAGAAGAACUUUCUGCCAAAUAAUUCAUGAAAACUAAGGAAGCUUCUGUAAGCAAAAGAAAAUUAAUGAAACAAAGGAUUUCCAUCCAAAGUUACCAAGAUGCCUAACAGCUGUUGAUUUAUCAGUGGAUUUAUUUUUUCCACACCUGCUUUGUAUCAUCUUUCAUCUGCCUCCAACAGAAAACAACCCUAAACACACUUGCACUUCUGGCCUCUUUUCCUUGACUUCUCACCUGCUCAAAAAGGAAUACAAUUUAAUUAUGUAGACUGUGGAUGAUGAUAAUUGUAUGCAGGUGAAGAAGGUUUCUCAUCCUUGGAAGAGCAAUCAUUUUGGAAGCAUACCUGGAAAGUUUAAAAAACAUUAUGAAAGAUACAGGAUGGACACAUCCUGCUCUACCUUCAGUAUGGGUGUUUUAACUGGUAAUACCAAAUUUUGGAGUCCAUAAUAAUAAUCAACUAUUGCAUAUAACUGUAAAUUCUGUACAUAGCAAUAUUUUUUGGAUUCCUUGGGGAGAAGGGAAAUUUGAUUUUUAUUCCUAUGAUAAUUCUACUUAAUUAUCUGAAUAUAGCAACCAUUCAAAUAAAACAGAAGACUUUUUCUUCAUAUUCUCUUGCCCUGUACACCUUACUCUGUUCUCUUUCAAAAGAUGAAUGAGUCCCAUGCAGUUAAAGCCCAGAUGAAGAACAAACAUAUUUUGUUUCUUCUGAAAUCAACAGAAACAGAAUUAAGGUGUCCUAACAGACAAUUAAGAUUUUCCUUCUAAAUGUGGUUCAUUUCACUGAUCCUGUUGUGGGAGGUACAGAGGGGGAUUUGGAGAGAAGUUUGUAGACCUUGAUUUACUCUGGCCAUGACCUGUGAAGUCCAUGAAGGAGCUCUUUUCAGCUCUGUGGGGGCAAGACAGUUUGCCUACAAAAGUUUUGGAGAACAUAGCUCAUGAAAAGUAGCUAAGGGUCAAGCAAAUAAUCCAGAACAGCCACUGUGAGUUAAGAGUUAAUUUCAGCUGGAUCAGGAGAACCGCUUGUGUUGGUUCAGACAACACAACUUGAACAUCAAGUGAAUGAAAUUUCAGUUUUGAUGGAAAACAGUUUACAAUUUCAGCAAUUAGUUAUGCUAAAAAUCCUAACAGGCCCCCACAACUCAGUGAUAAAGGGCAACAGGUGCUGACCUGCCCUGUCCAUCUGGCAAGGGAAGGGCUCAGAUAAACUUGGCUACCACACCAUGCACCCUCCUCAAGUGUGAGGAUGACAGCAAGCUGAGUGGUGCAGAUGAGUCACUUGAGAGAAGGGAUGUUGUCCAGAUGGAUCUGGACAGGCUGGAGGCCCAUGUGAACCCCAGGAAGUUCAACAAGGCCAAGUGUAGGGUCCUGCACCUGGGCUGGGGCAAUCCACAGUACCUGUGCAGAGUGGGGGAUGAUUGGCUUGAGAGCAAGAGGAGAACCUGGGAAUACUGCUUGCUUUAUUGGACAUGAGCUGUCACUGUGCAUGUGUCACAUCUGCUCUGCUCUGCUCUGGUGAGACCCCACCAACAGUGCUGCACCCAGCUCUGGGCACACACCCUGCAGGGCCACUAAUUGCCUUCCGUAGUGACUCAGGAUCUCAUCUGGUUUUGCUGAGGCCUUCAGGAUUCCCCCGUUGCCCUCCCGUUUUGUCCUAUUUUGAAGGAAGAUGAUCAAGGUGGGGCUAAAAAGCUUAAAUAAAUAUAGCCUAUACCAACUUCCAGAUUAUCUUCAGACGUGAAUUUCUAAUUAAAAGUGAUUUUUUGGGGAUGUUUAGACUUUUUUAGAGUGGGAGGGCCUGUGGAGGGCAGCA